GUGAAAAGAUGACUGGACAGAGGUGUGGUCAUGAGCGUGAACAUGAACCUGUCCUCACUGAUUGCUUUGUGAGGCGGCUGAGCGUCUUGUCAGUGAUGGCGUGCUUGAUGGCCGUCUGGUCCACCCACAACCCGACCAUCACCAACGCCAUCAUCAUGAACACCAAUGGGCCUCCAGACCUGAUGCUGGAUCCUCGAUCCGUGUGCGUCUUCAUGGACCAGGUGGACAACGUGCGGCCAUCACCACCACCAGCACAAGGACAUCAGAGGAGGGUGGACACCAACCUGACAGAAGCCCAGAGGUUCUCCUCGUUGCCACGGAGGCCAGCUGUCAACAUCGAGUUCAGAGACGUGUCAUACUCUGUCAAAGAGGGACCCUGGUGGAGGAAGAGAGGUAACAAGACUCUGCUCAGAGGGAUCUCUGGGAAGUUCACCAGCGGGGACCUGGUGGCCAUCAUGGGGCCCUCGGGGGCCGGGAAGUCCACACUCAUGAAUAUCCUGGCAGGCUACAGGGAGACGGGAAUGAAAGGGGAGAUUCUGAUCAACGGUCAGCCCAGAGACCUGCGUUCCUUCAGGAAAGUGUCUUGUUACAUCAUGCAGGACGACAUGCUACUCCCUCACCUAACCGUGCAGGAAGCUAUGAUGGUGUCCGCCAACCUGAAGCUGCAGGAGAAGGCAGAAGCUCGGCGGGAGAAGGUCUGGGAGAUCCUCAUCGCUCUGGGUUUACUGGACUGUGUGAAGACCAGAACGUCUCACCUGUCUGGAGGGCAGAGGAAAAGACUGGCCAUCGCUUUGGAGCUUGUCAACAACCCACCCGUCAUGUUCUUUGACGAACCCACCAGUGGGUUGGACAGUUCCUCAUGUUUCCAGGUGGUGUCCCUGUUGAAGGCUCUGGCUCGAGGCGGCCGCACCGUCAUCUGCACCAUCCACCAACCAAGUGCCAAACUCUUUGAGCUCUUUGACAAGCUCUAUGUGCUGAGUCAGGGUCAGUGCAUCUAUAGAGGAAACGUCUCCAGUCUGGUUCCGUACCUGAGAGACCUCGGACUCAACUGCCCUACUUACCACAACCCCGCCGACUUUGUGAUGGAGGUGGCGUCGGGGGAGUACGGGGAUCAGAUGGUGCGCCUGGUAACAGCCGUGCAGAACAGGAAGCUGGAAGGCGAACAGCAGACUGAGCUGAACGGAGACUCUAAGCCCCACAUGGUGAUGUGGCAGCGAGCUGAUGAGGAGUCAUCAUCUGAAGGUUGCCACAGUUUCUCAGCCAGCUGCAUGGUCCAGUUCUUCAUUCUGUUCAGGAGAACCAUCCUCAGCAUCCUAAGAGACUCGGUGCUGACUCACCUGAGGAUCUCCUCCCACAUCGGGAUCGGAAUUCUGAUUGGUUUGCUGUACCUGGGCAUCGGCAACGAAGCCAAAAAAGUCCUCAGUAAUUCGGGCUUCCUCUUCUUCUCCAUGUUGUUCCUCAUGUUCGCCGCUCUCAUGCCAACUGUUCUCACAUUUCCUCUGGAGAUGGCCGUUUUCCUGAGGGAACAUCUCAACUACUGGUACAGUCUCAAGGCUUUCUACUUAGCCAAGACCAUGGCCGACGUUCCUUUCCAGGUCAUAUUCCCGGUGGUGUACUGCAGUAUCGUGUACUGGAUGACGGCUCAGCCUCCAGACGCCACACGCUUCUUCCUCUUCUUGUCCCUCGGAGUCAUGACCUCUCUGGUGGCACAAAGUCUCGGCCUGCUGAUUGGGGCUGCGUCCACGUCGCUGCAGGUGGCCACAUUUGUGGGUCCGGUCACAGCGAUUCCGGUUCUGCUGUUUUCUGGCUUCUUUGUGAGUUUUGAUACAAUCCCCUGGUACCUGCAGUGGAUAUCCUACAUCUCCUAUGUCAGAUACGGUUUCGAGGGAGUCAUCCUGUCCAUCUACGGUCUGGAGCGAGAGGAUCUUCACUGUGAACGAGACGACACGUGUCACUUCCAGAAGUCUGACGCCAUCCUGCAGGAACUGGACAUGAUGGACGCCAAACUAUACCUGGACUUUGUCAUCCUGGCCAUUUUCUUCUUCUCUCUGCGGCUCAUUGCUUACUUCAUCCUUCGAUACAAAAUCAGCGCAGAGAGGUAGACCAGUAUGGCAAGGUCGUGAUCGGGAUCAGGACUGGGAGGAGGAUGUCCCACGCUUAUAGGCCCAAAACCAAAUCAGUUGACUUUGUCCAUGUGUCCUGCAGAGACAGGAGCAGGUCUCCUAGCUCCUGUAGUUUUCCUGAAGCUGAGGGACCACAUAACGGAUGGACUGGGAUGCCAAAGGUCAAAGCAGAAACUGAGCAUUUACGCUCGUCUUCAGGCUAGACUGCAGUCAGAAGGUUCUCAUUUUUGCUUCGUUUGCUAAGAAGCUCAAACCGAACGCCAACCACACAAACACACACCAACCAAAGUGGUGUGGGCAAGUGAAACAUGAUCAGAUGGAGUGAUUCGUAAAGAUCUUGUAAUACAUUUUGGAAAAAUAAAAUUCCUCCAGAUUUUUAUAAUGGCAUCUCAUUGAUAUUGUAAAAAAAAAAAAAGAUUACAGUCAGCUAUCAAUGUAGCCUCAAUGGGGUUCAAGUCAGUGCCUUGUUUUGCCAGUCCUAAGCCUGGAUAAAUACAGAGGGUUGUGUCAGGAAGGGCAUCCGACCAACUAUGCAAAUCAACAACAUGACUUCCAUACCGGAUCGGUCGAGGCCCAGGUUAACAACGACUGCCAUCGGUGCUGUUCACCUUCAGGGUGCCGGUGGAAAUUAGUUUACUGUUGGUCAAAGAAGGAGAGGAGGAAGAUGUGCCCGUAAGAAGACAGAGAAGAGGAGCGGCAAAAACCUAGACUUGAGAGUAGGGACUUUGAAUGUUGGAAGUAUGACAGGAAACGAUAGAGAGUUGGUUGACAUGAUGCAGAGGAGGAAGGUAGACAUACUGUGUGUUCAGGGACCAGGUGCAAAGGUAGCAAGGCUAUAAGUUUAGGAACAGGGUUCAAGGUGUUCUAUCAUGGUGUAGAUGGGAAGAGAAAUAGAGUAGGAGUUAUUCUGAAGGAGGAGUUGGUUAAGAAUGUCCUGAAGGUAAAACGUGUGCCAGAUAUUGAAAUUGAAGGUGUGUUGUUCAAUGUUGUUAGUGGGUAUGCCCCACAAGUAGGAUGUGAGUUGGAGGAAAAACUGAAAUUCCGUCUGGACCUUAAUGAAGUGAUGCAGAGCAUCCUGAGAAGGCAAAGAGUUGUCAUUGGGGCAGACUUGAAUGGACUUGUUGGUGCAGGAAAUAGAAGUGAUGGGCAGGUUUGGUAUUCAGGAGAGGGAUGCAGGACAGAUGGUGUUUUGACUUUGCCAAAAGGAUGGAAAUGGCUGUGUGAAUACUUUCUUCCAGAAGAGAGAGGAACAUAGUGUGACCUAUAAGAGUGGAGUUAGGAGUACACAGGUACUCCUACACUGUAAUCUGAAGGAGAUCAGUGACUGCAAAGUAGUGGUAGGUGAAAGUGUAGCCAGACAGCAUAGGACGGUUGUGUGUAGAAUGAGGAAAAUGAAGAGGCCAAAGGCAGAGCAAAGGACCAAAUGGUGGAAGCUGAAACAAGAAUAGUGUUGUUGGAUUUUUAGGCAGGAGUUGAGUGAUGUCACGGACACGUCGAGGAACCUGAACGCAUGCAGCUCCUGAAAACCUGUCCAGACCAAGACCACCUGAGACUGAUUCAGCAUGCUGACUGCCACAUGUCAAGUGCACGCCUUACUUUUAUCCUCUAGAUCAGGGGUGCUCACACUUUUUCAGCAUGCGAGCUACUUUUAAAAUGACCGAGUCAAAAUGAUCUACCCACUACAAAAAUGCAAAACAUCUAUUUAUUUUCAAAUGUAUUGAGGAUUAUUUGUACGUACAAUGUAUGUUGAUGUACCUUACAUAACCAAAUGAGCCAAUAUUGCAAAACACACAUAAUUAACUAUUAACAUUUUUUGUAAUUACCUGAGUUUACUUUGAUGACUUGCACUGAAUUGAACCAGCCAGGGAUGCAUAGUCCGGACAGUAGCUGCUGAUAGCCAGCCUCAAGCACACUUCCAAAUGUUUAUCAGUCAUGGAUAAUAUCCGUAUCAUAAUAUCCGUAUAAUAUUCCAUAUCCGUAUGGAAGUGAUAUGUUUUUUGCCUUUUUACUUGGUCCAGCUCCUUCACUCAUUUUAGUGACCAUAAACUUUAGCGAGGGCUUAAAAUCUCGCAAUUCGCCGACUAGCUUAGCACUUUGCAUCGUUGUUUACGCAUGAGCGGUGACCUAAAGGUCAAAAUUCAGUUGUCAUCUGACUGGUUGUCCUGUAUGUCAAUCAAGUAACGGGGAUGGAUGAUAGGCUGACAUCGUAAGUUCUGCUGCACUUAGAGACGUUGUUUGAUUUGAUUGGUCGCCCGAAGGGCAACAUUCAGUUGUCAUCUGAAUGGCUGCCCUGUAUAUCAAUCAAGUGACGGCAUUGAUGCUGGGAUGAUAUUUUUUUAAUGUCACGCCGCGAUCGACCAGCGAUCGACCAGUACCACCUCCGCGAUCGACCGGUAGAUCGCGAUCGACUUAAUGAGCACCCCUGCUCUAGAUGUCCCUGAUGCUCACCCCUCAUUGGUCCUCUACUCUACAGAGACUUGCUUUGGAGUGAAAAAAAACCCCUCCCCAACUGAGUUUAUAGGUCAACACUGUUUCAUCAUCAACUAUGAAUGAGCUUAGCUUAUUGUUUCAGUCAGAGGCGGCAAUUAUUUGUCAGUUACAUAAAUCAACGUCAAUAAACUUGGACUGCUUUGCUUUUUGGACUGUCUGAGCUACCUACACCCACCUGCUAUUGCAGCCAAAUGCUGAACGACUCAUUCAUACAUGCUGCUUAAAGCGACGCAGCAUCUUGUCCCCCGCAAAAUCAGGCUGCCAGAAGAGAAAGGAGAGACGAGACAGGGAAAUAAAGCUAAAAAUAGGCAGCCAAAUGCUUACAAUGAUUGGUUUGUUUUCCAAAAAAAGGAGUAUUUCUUGUAUUUAGACGUUUUCCUUUGUGUAUUGCAGUUAAUUGGUUCCUUACCCUAUUCAAUAAAUUGAAUAUUUUUGUGGUUCUAUCAUAGGAAAACCUAGACAUGACAUAACAACCCCAUAGUUACCUUUAAGUCCAUAUACAGUAACGCAGUGAUUUUCAACAUCAGCUGACAUUUGCGCCAUGUGAUGCUGAAAAUCAAGACUUUUAUUUUGGAGGUUUAGAGAAAAUGUCAGUCACACAAGUACUUGAAGAACACAUCACGUAACCCAAAAGGCCAGACUUGCACCACAAGCCUCAAACGACACAAUUCAGAUCUUCUUGCUUCCAUGUACUGUUUGUGUAAGCUUUGUAGCCGUGUACAGAGGGAAAAAAAACACAUGAAAAGGGAUAUCGUCACAUCGGCAUCUGGCCCGUUCUAAAUGUGGAUUAAAAAAAGCUGAUCUGUAUCGGAUGUCUGCCAAGGCACCUGCAGCGUAAACAGACAGAUUGGGUAAACCCGGUCAAUGCAAGUCUGAUGAUUCAAUGAGGUGCCAAGUGCUCUGUUCAAACGACGAGGUCAGCGGCUUGGACGAGUGGCUGAGUGUGAAAGAGCUGCCUCAUGUGCUGCCGGAUAAGCGUCAUUUUGAAGCCAUAGAUGAGCGGGUUGAGCAGCGGCGGCACCAGGAAGCCCUCCAUGGACAUGACGACCGUGAAGGCGUAAGGCAGGUUCUUGGCUGUUAAUGCAGGCUGCACGACCACGAAGACGAUGCUGGCGACGAAGCUGACGUAGGUGACCAGGUGAGGGAUGCAUGUGGACAGGGCUUUGUUGGCUCUGCCGCUCUUAGACAGCUGGAAGCUGAUGAUGAGGAUUCUCACGUAGAAGCAGAAGAUCAACACCAGAGGCAGGAAAACGACAGAAGCGGCCAUCAGCAGCUCAAACAGACUAAUCAGCGAGAUGUCCACACAGGAUAGGUGUGUAAUGGACCUGUUGUCGCAAAAGAUGCGGCCCACAUGGGACCCGCAAAGCGGCAGAGUACCGCUGGCGGCCAGCAGGCCGGCGUACCCCACAACAGGCAACGUCCACGAGACAGCGAGCAGUUUGGACACAGCAGAGGAACAAAGGAGGUCCUUAUAGUUCAGAGGGUGCACAAUGGCGGCGUACCUGUCGUACGCCAUGACGGUCAGUAUGAUACACUCCACAGAAACAUAGACAUGCACGAAGAAGGCCUGUAGCAGGCAGCCUGCGGGCGAGAUGAGCUGCACGUCGCUCAGCAGGUCGUGCAGCAGUUUGGGGUAGAAGGCGGUGCAGCCGAUCAGAGUGUUGCACAUCAGGUUGGCUAAGAAGAUGUACAUGGGCUGGUGCAGAGCGUCGCGCAUGCAGACCACCAGCACCAACGACACAUUGAACACCACGAUCAGCACGUAAGCUGCACAUGUUACGCACACGUAGAGGAACCUGAGCGCAUGCAGCUCCUGAAAACCCGUCAAGACCAACACGUCCACUCGAGACUGAUUCAGCAUGCUGACUGCCACAUGUCCUGCGCAUGCCACGCUUUUAUGCUCUAAAUGUCACUGAUGCUCACGCCUCAUUGGUCCUCUACUUUGUGUGUGUGUGUGUGUGAGCGAGAGAGCGCAAGAGCGAGACUGAAAAAAACAAACCUGUGAGUGACACUUGUGCUGUGAUCAAGGACGUUUGCUUAUUUGAUAACAAUGACUGGGCUCAGGCUGUUCAUUGUUUUUUCAAGCAAGGGUUUGUAGUAUUUCUACAUAGUAUUAGUAUGUAUGUACGUAUGUAGGAUUUC